UGUUAAAGUGCGCCGUUGAGGUUGUCUGUGUCUGUAAGGAGGCAGCUGUAGUCGCCCCUAAAUCCUGAGCGGGGGCAGAAUGGAUGCGGCUACUCUCACGUACGAUACUCUCAGGUUCGAGUAUGAAGACUUCCCAGAGACCAAAGAACCUGUUUGGAUCUUGGGGAGAAAAUAUAGUGUAUUAACAGAGAAAGAAGAGAUCCUGUUAGACGUAACCUCUCGUCUUUGGUUCACAUACAGAAAAUGCUUUCCAGCAAUUGGGGGGACAGGUCCUACAUCCGACACUGGUUGGGGCUGCAUGUUAAGGUGUGGUCAGAUGAUCUUUGCUCAGGCCUUGGUCUGCAGGCACUUAGGCAGAGAUUGGAGGUGGGUGAAAGGGAAGAAGCAAACAGAAAACUAUUACAAUGUUCUAAAUGCCUUCAUUGACAAAAAAGAUAGCUACUACUCAAUCCACCAAAUAGCCCAGAUGGGAGUUGGAGAGGGAAAAUCCAUAGGCCAGUGGUAUGGACCAAACACAGUUGCACAAGUACUCAAAAAACUUGCCACUUUCGAUGCAUGGAGCUCCUUGGCAGUGCACAUAGCCAUGGACAAUACUGUUGUGAUGGAGGAAAUUAGAAGGUUAUGCAAGCUGAGCUGUCCAUGUCCUGGGGCGUCAGCUUUUCCUGCUGCAGAAUCGGACUUACUUUCCAACGGGUAUCCAGAUGGUGCAGAAUGUACAGACAAGCGAUUGCUCUGGAAACCAUUAGUGCUGCUGAUACCUCUUCGCCUUGGGCUCACAGACAUCAAUGAAGCGUAUAUUGAAACACUGAAGCAAUGUUUUAUGAUGCCUCAGUCCUUAGGAGUCAUUGGAGGAAAACCUAAUAGUGCUCAUUAUUUCAUUGGAUAUGUAGGUGAAGAAUUGAUUUAUCUUGACCCACACACUACUCAGCCUUCAGUGGAACCCAUGGACAGUUGCCACAUCCCUGAUGAAAGUUUUCACUGUCAGCAUCCACCCUGCAGAAUGAGCAUCGCAGAGCUUGAUCCUUCUAUUGCAGUGGGCUUCUUCUGCGACAAAGAGGAAGACUUCAAUGACUGGUGCCAGCAAAUAAAGAAGUUGUUACUGAUCAGAGGAGCCCUACCAAUGUUUGAACUGGUGGAACAUCAGCCUUCACACUUCUCUAGCCCUGAUGUUUUGAAUCUUACUCCAGAUUCUUCUGAUGCAGAUAGACUGGAAAGAUUCUUUGAUUCAGAGGAUGAAGAUUUUGAAAUCUUAUCUCUUUAAAAAACAAUAAGAGGCUAACUCUGCCAAUUUGUGUUGUGGGGGGAGGGGAGCUCCUUGAAGAGCCUAGGGCUACCAGCUUUCAUAGGUUUGUUGACAUCUCCGUCUCCCAUCCACCCCAGCAUUCUGUGCAGCCUUGGAGCAGAGUGGAUUUUUUGCAGUGGGGUCAAGAAACGGGUCAUCAUUAAGGCCUUAAUAGAUUAGUCAGGCUUUCUCCAUGCAAGAGUACCUGCAGGAAAUGGAUGCAGCGUUUCCUAGGAGCUGAAGAUUAUUUUUAUGUUAGUAAGCCCAAAGGGUGAGCAAGAAUAACAAAAGCCCUUCUAGGUGCUUCGGUUCUUACAAGUUCUCUCAAUUAUUAGGGAAAACUUAAACACGUUUGCUUCUGUCUCCCUUUUUGUAGGUUUGAUGUGGAAACCAGCAUAAAAUGCAGGCACUUGUCCAAUAGCUGUCUUUUUAGACCAGCAGAACAUGUUCUGUGUCAGUUGGGGGGGGGUACAAGCUCUCACUAGAUGAAAUACAUCAAAUGUUACUGCUCAUGCUUUAUCUCAAAUACAGUGCUUCCAUGGAGACAUAAUACUGCUUUUGAGUCCCAAAAUUGUCCUUUGUUAAAAACUCUCAUACCUCUGCCCAGUGGUGUCAUUCUAGAAAUUAUGUCAGGCAUAGCAAAUGUUGCAGUAAGAAGCAUGAGCUGACAAUGACAAAUGGAAAUUUUCAGUAUAUAAGGCAGGGAGAGCUUGGACAAGUGUGCUCUCUCUCGACUCAGAGGCCGUUCACUGCAUCUGCAAAAGGAGGAACUAGCAAGCUAGCUAGGGCAUGGCUUCAUGAAACAUAACCUGUAUUUGCUGGAUAUUUUUCUAUUCCAUAUUAAAAAUAUGGUGGCUGCUAUUUAAUAAAAUGUGGUGGUAGAAACGUCCACCAGUUCACUUGAAUUGAAAGUACCUCUGCUUCCUUCUCAAUUCCAUCUCUUGGUUUUUAGAUUCUGAUCAUGAAAUCUGGAGAUUGUACAUGGAUUUUAAAUGAGUUUUGCUUUAAUGCCAAAAUUGAUACUAAAUGCCUGGUUUGGUUAGUGCCAGAGACUAUUCCCCCUUUCUUUCCCUCUUUUAAAACACUACACAAGUCUACGUUUUUGUGUGGUGAUAUUCACUUGUUUUUUCAGCUUUGUGUUGUGACUCUUAAUGUGAGGUAUACUGGUUUCUAAAGAGAAAGUCUGCAAAUUCUCAAUGCCUUGAAAGGUUAAAUUACUAACUCCACCUAGGCUGGAAAUGCUGGCUGUUGUACUCUGAAAUAGCAGUAGAGCUCCAUUUGUUUAUAAAAGAUGAGAAUGGCUGGAGAGGACCCACCACUCCACCCAAGUAUUCAACCUUUUUGAAUUUCUUUAGCUCCAUUGAUGGAGGUUGGAGGUGGCAAAUAUGUUUACAAAGCAUUUGUUUCUGCAUUUAUCAGCAGCGCUAUCAGCCUAAAAGAUGGUAAUAUAACCAUCUAUAAAGUAACUGCAUACAGGAGUAACUGGCCUACUGGUAGUAGGUCAGGUUGCUUCUUAAGCCACCAGAAAGCAGAGGUCUGAACCAUGAUGCUUAUUUGUCAUUGUUAUAACUGGCUGUCUUUCUCUUGCUGUUUCUCCUCUCCUCUUGAUCAUAGACUUUUGGAGGGAGAGGAGGCAGAGGAAGUGGGGCUGUGCUCCAUUCAUCAACUGCUUUCAAUUUGUAUCUGAAUAAAUAAAGUUAA